AUGCAAGCUCCCUAUAUACCAUGUCUUAAUGGCACUGGCAACCAUGAUCUCAUGUCUACCAACCCGACGUCAGCCAACUGUCCGAACUCGGUCAUCAUCGGCAUCUAUGGCCUCCCUGGAUCUGGCAAAUCGUUUUUGCUCAAUAUUCUCAAACUUGGCCUGAGCCAUGCCGAUUUUUCCUUCUAUGAUGGCAGCCAGGUCAUCGCAGCGGGCACGCCUGGGGGCCUUGAAGCAUUCCAGAACUUGAACGAAGAUGAUCAAGAAAGGGCUCGGGGUCAAGCGAUUCGAAAGAUCAAGCAAGAGAGCUUUCAAAGUGGGAAAAGUGCCUUAGUCGCGGGCCAUGCUAUGUUUUGGGCCGAAGGAGAAGGUGUUGGUCAACUGGUGUGCACACAAGCUGAUUUAGACACCUACACUCACAUUAUAUAUCUGGAUGUGCCGGCUAGGGACAUCGCGGAAUAUCGGUCGAGUGAUCAGAAACGAAGUCGUCCCGCAGUGUCAAUUGCUCAUUUGAGCAAAUGGCAGCAAGAGGAGAAAAGCCAGUUACGGCAACUUUGCAGGUCCCACGACAUCCUUUUCACGACCAUUACUCAACGCCAGAUAUCCAUGGACGACAUGAAUACCAGACUGGCGCAGCAACGCAUUGACGAGUUCAUAAUGAACGGACCCGAACGGCCGGAGACUGUGCUAGUCUUUGAUGCCGACAAGACACUAGCACCACAGGAUAGCAGUGAAUUGUUUUGGGAGCUGGCUUCUACAUCUUCGGCGGAGGCUGACGCGAAAUCUCCCUUGAAGAAUUUGUUUAGCAGCCGUUUGCACUACUCGUAUACUGCCUUCCGCCAAGCGACCUUACUCUGCGAAGAAGCCAUUGGCGACGAUGAAGAAUACGAUGAUCGCUGCGAGAAAGUAGCUCUCACGAUCAAAAUGUACUCUGAGCUUUUAGAUCUUCUUCACUUAGCGUCAGGCCAGACCCAUGUCCGCGCUCUGGUAUUGACUUGUGGGCUACGCAGAGUCUGGGAAAAGGUUCUAAAGAGGGAAGGACUGGCAACGACAGUCACGGUGGUUGGCGGGGGGCGCUUGUCAGACGCUCUUGUUAUGACACCUGCACUGAAAGCUGCACUCGUGACACAGAUGCUUCAAGUGGCCAACCAAGCAAUUGUUGUGACGGGCGACAAGACAUUGAGAAGCGCUAGCAUGGACGAGGCUUUAACAAGAUCUAUCGGAAAGGCCGGGUUUCUGCCACGCCAGGCUGUGCUUCCGUCAAAUGCAGCAGCUCGCCUCGAUGCGUCCCGGCUACCUUUAGUACAACUGACCGAUCAAUUUUUCGUUGACUCGAUAUUUAUCAGGCGCCAAAGCCUUCAUCUUCUUCAUGCUACGGAUCGUUUUGCGGCCAAAUUGCUCAUGACACCAACGCGUGAUGCAUCAGUUUUUGGACCAGCACUGCGAGAUGCACAUUCCCAAGUUGGAUGGUAUCUUGCCACUGAAUUCUGUACACAAAUUCUGGGUGUUGAGACGUACCAAGUUUCACAUGUCCAGGGUCACCAAACAGAUGGUUAUCGAGUUCUUCAUGAAGAGAAGACUUUGAUCGUGCCUCUGAUGCGAGGCGGUGAACCAAUGGCGUUGGGGAUAAACAAGGCUUUGCCGCUUGCCAUGUUUCUUCAUGCCAAAAACCCAAGCGAUGUCCAGUACGAGCAUCUUCAAGGUCGCGUCACAAUCUUUCUUGUUGACUCUGUGAUCAACACCGGCCAGUCAAUUUUGGAAUUUGUGCGACACAUUCGACACCUUCAUGCUUCUAUUCGCAUUAUUGUGGUUGCUGGUGUCAUUCAAGCGAAAUCAGUCUCUACUAGUAGAGUUGCGCUGGAGUUCUCGCGAUUCCGGCGUUUGUCUUUUAUCGCUCUUCGUCUAUCGGAUAAUCAAUUUACCGGAAGAGGUAGUACAGACACUGGACAUAGACUCUUCAACACAGUACACCUUGAUCAGUGA